CCGCCCUAUCCUUAAAACCGCCAAGUAACGUACUCGGAGUCGGAGUUAUUUCCGGCGCCUAUGGUUUAACAGUUGCUCCGACUGAAAAUGGCGGCGGCGGUGGCUACUUUCGGCAUUCGCUCCGUUCCUUCUAACAUAUGGCUCCACAAAUUCGGUGCUCGAACGGCAGCUGCAUCAAUACGUUCACGUUCAUUCACCACUCUCGCUUCUCUUUCCCCCGUUGAAGAUACUGAAGACAUUCAAUUGAACGUAAUUCCAAAAGAAAAUGCACGGGAAUCGGUUUCUAGUACUAGCAACAACAACAAUUACAAGUCUAAUAAGUCUUAUUAUCCGAAGCGAGGGCAAACACUGGAGCUAGUAUGCGAAUCCCUUGCUUUCAAAGGAAAAGGCGUCUGUAAGGUUGCUGACAGUGGUUUUGUACUCAUGUGUGAUCGUGCACUCCCUGGAGAACGAUUCAUUGGCCGUGUCACUCGCAAAAAAGAUAAUUACGCUGAGGUAAAGAAGUUGAAAACAAUAACACCUCAUUCAGACUACGUUGAAGCACCAUGUGAAUAUGCAUCACACUGUGGAGGUUGCAAGACGCAGAGUUUGUCGUAUGAAGCCCAGCUCAAGGCCAAAGAGCAACAAGUUUGUGACCUGGUUGUUCAUGUGGGCAAGUUUUCUGAUCAAGAACCAGAAUUUGCAGGUGUCAUGAAACCCAUUGUUCCCUGUGAUAUCCAAUUUCACUAUAGGAACAAGAUGGAAUUCUCUUUUGGUCCAAAGGGAUGGGUACCUGCUGAACAGCUGCAAGAAAAAUCUACUGAUGAAUGUGUCUAUGCUUUGGGUCUGCAUGCCCCUGGAUUUUUUGAUAAAGUUUUAAAUGUGAAUAAGUGCUUAUUGCAAAGUGAUUCAGCAAAUGAGGUUCUCGCAACUGUGCAAGAAUGCUGGCGGGAUCCAGAGUUGGGGCUUUCUCCGUGGAAUGUGCACUCUCACACGGGCUUUCUGAAGCAUCUAAUGCUUAGAUCAGGCAGGAAUAUUGAAACUGGUCUUCCUGAACUUAUGGUUAACUUUGUAACUUCUUCUGACAAUCCUGAAUGCUUGAGGCCCCUUGUUGAGAAAAUCGCAACUAUUCCUGAAGUGGUAAGCAUUGUUAACAAUGUGAAUACUUCUAUCGGCAACACAUCUGUUGGGGAGAAGGAAUAUACGUUGUAUGGAAAAUCUACCAUCACAGAGAUUUUGAGAGGGCUUACUUUCCAGAUUUCAGCAAACUCUUUCUUUCAGACGAACACACGUCAGGCUGAUGUUCUCUAUAAAUUAAUUGAGGAUUGUGCAUUUCUUAAAGGAGAUGGGUCUGAAAUUGUUCUUGAUUUAUUUUGUGGGACAGGAACCAUUGGCCUUACACUGGCCAAAAGGGUGAAGCAUGUUUAUGGUUUUGAAGUAGUAGCUCAAGCUGUAUCAGAUGCACGUCAAAAUGCCACUCUAAAUUUCAUCAAUAAUGCAACCUUUAUCGAAGGUGAUUUGAAUAAAAUUGAUUCGACCUUCGCCAGCAACUUGCCCAAGCCUGACAUUGUUAUCACAGAUCCUAAUCGCCCAGGAAUGCACAUAAAGUUGAUCAAAUUUUUGCUAAGAUUGAGAGCAUCACGCAUCAUUUAUGUAUCGUGUAAUCCUGCCACGUGUGCUCGUGAUCUUAAUUAUCUCUGCUAUGGUGUGCCGGAGCAGAAUAUAGAGGGACGUUAUAGACUGAGUAGCUUACAACCAGUCGACAUGUUUCCACACACACCUCAUAUUGAAUGUGUUUGCUCGCUUGAGCUUCGGUGAUAAACCAGUUGUACAUCUUAAUUCCAACUAGUUGAAUUUCUUGCGUCUGUAAUUGUUAUUGCUGCGUUCUGGUACUGCUGACAUAGAUUCCUAUGGGAUUUAGAAAGUGGAAGAAUAGAAAUGAAAGUCAUGAAGCGAUUGGUUGUUCAAUUGAUUGCUACGAUUAAAUUUAGGAUUAACAAA